AUGGGAAAUCAAAUUGAGAUCGAGAUUGAUAAAUGUAACUCUGAUAUAACUUGGAGAGGAGUAUAUAAUAGAUCUGGAGUUAAAACUGGGAUUUGGGAAAUCUACUGGAAAUAUGGUGAAAAGAAUAAUAAAAUGUAUCAAUUAACAAUUAUUAAUUAAUUAUUAGUGCUGGUGGUGAGUAUGAUAAAUAAGGAAACAAAAUUGGAAAAUGGAUUGAAUAAUCUGAUAGGUUUAGAUAUGGGAAUUAAUCCACCUCAGAAGGAAAGUAUAAUAAACAAGGUGUGAGAGUGGGAAUGUGGGACAUAUAUUUGAAAAAUGAUGGAAAAAAUAAUAAAAUGUAAAAAUACAACAUUUUUAUAUAGCGGAGGAUGGGAAUAUGAUGAACAAGGACGAAAAAUUGGAAAGUGGAUUGAAUAAAGUAAUGAAUUUUAAUCUGUUAAUUAAACUACUUGGAUUGGAGAAUACAAUAAUAAAGGAGUGAAAAUUGGUAUCUGGGACAUAUAUUACAAUAAUAAAGGAAAUAAUAAUAAAAUGUUAUUAUACUAACAAUAUUAUUAGUGGUGGGGGUCGAUAUGAUGAACAUGGUAAUAAAAUUGGAUUAUGGAUUGAAUAAAAUGAUGGGUUUUGGACUGAUAAUUAAUCCACUUAUACUGGAGAAUAUAAUUUAUGGGGAGUUAAAGAUGGAAAAUGGGAAAUAUUUUGGAGAUAUGAUGGAAAAACGUAUAAUAUGUAAUAUUAAAUAAAAUAUAAUUAAAUAAUGUAGUGGUGGGGGAGAAUUUUAAGAGGGUUGCAAAUUUGGAAAGUGGGUAGAGUAAAGUUUAACCUUUGAAAAUUUGAAUUAAUCAACUUGGAAUGGUGAAUAUAAUAAUCAAGGAAAAAAGAUAGGUUUAUGGGAGAUAUAUUAUCAAUAUUGGGAUUAAAUGAAAUAAAAGAUGUAUUUGUCUCAUUUUUAUUAAACUAUUAGUGGAGGUGGAGAGUAUAAUUCUGACGGAGUAAAAAUUGGGGAAUGGAUUGAAUAAAGUGAUAAGUUUAAAUAUGGGAAUUAAUCUACAUGGCGUGGUUAGUAUGAUCAACAAGGUGUGAAAGUAGGAACAUGGGAGAUAUAUUUUAGAGAAUUAGGAGAUGAAAAACCGAAUAUUAAAAUGUAUCUAAACCAAUAUUUAUUCAUUAUUAGUGGCGGGGGAGAGUAUGAUGAACAAGGAAGAAAAAUUGGAAAAUGGGUAGAGCAAAAGGAUGGAUUUUAUUAUAGCAACUCUAUGAACAAUAAAUACAUAUUAAUUGGAGAAUAUAAAGAUGGAGUUAAAUAGGGACAAUGGAAAGACAAUAAAUUAAAGUGA